GCUUCCUAUUUUUUUUUAGCUCUCUCCACCAAUCCCUAUCGAUAUCUCCCCUCUUCCACUGGAUAGCUCCACCCGCGGGUCCCUCCCUCCGGCCAAGCAGACCGGCUCCUCCUAUCCAGCCUCUUCUCCUGCAACGACUUCUCCCCUUGCUGAGCUCCUCCGUCACCUGCCGUCGUCGCUUGAGUCGGGUCCUCCAUUGGCAUCAUGGACGCCGUUAGCGCGCUACCGCCGUCGUCCACUCCAAUUUCCCCGCCGCGUUUCCUCACCGACGGCGGCCCCGACGACCAGCGAUUUGGGGGCGUCGCGUUGGGACUCCCAUGCCAUGCUAAUUCCUCACCUCCCACGCCCUCAUGCUAAUUUCCCACGCCUGCGCUUGGGAUUCCCUCGGUCGGCGCGCGAUAUGGCGCGGCUCACCGCGGAAACUCUGGCCCCGGGCAGUACAAGGCCGAAGCGGCGGGCACCACGAGCACUGAGGUGAACGACGGCAAUCCCGCCGGACGCUGACGAUCCCCGCGGCCUCCUGCCGUCCCGCGGCGUGUCGACGGCAGCAAGGUCCCCAUCGACGAAGGGGAGAUGUUGACGGAGGAGCUCGUGCGGGUCGCCUGGAGGAGGACGUACGUGAGCGCUUCUCCGCCAGGGCGGCCCUGUGCUUGCAUCAACCAGUACACCACGGUCGCAUGGGAGGUCGCUGCCGGUAACUGCCGUUUUACUGUCUUUCUCUGUGUGCUGGUUUGUUCCGAUGGAUUCAGAGUCCCGAUCAGCAGCGGCUCUCUGAUUGCUUACUGAUUUUUGUCCGUGCUGUCUAUUGAUAAAUAUAUUUAGGCAUGUUGCUGAUAUGCCAGGCCAAUCUGGGUGCCUCUGGUCUUCGGCAGACUUAAUUCGUAAUUCAAAGUAGAUCACCUGAUCCAAAGUGAGUUGUCCCUGGUGGGAUUUAAUCUUUUUUUUUUUCUAUAUGGCUAUCCUGAAAUAAUAUAAGCAUUUUUUCAAUUUUCAAGAAAUAGCAUCGGUGAUUCAUCCUGAUAGAAAUAGCACCAAUCAGAUAUUAAUCUAAUUUUUUUCGUAAACAUAGUGGAGAUGACAUUCUUUAAUGCAGGUGAAAGUUAGAGUAUUGAGGCUUGAAGAGCUGAAAGAAAUAUUAGCCUUUUCUGCUGGAAAGUAUGUUUCUAUUAUCUUUUUUCUGAUGAACAACAUUUUUUUUUUCGCGAAAACGCAAAAGAUUUGCGUUUCGAUGCAUUGAUAGAUAAACAAAGUUAGAUAUGUACAUGCCCCUCCGAGAAGGGACAAACACCCCGCAGUACAACUCGACCCAAGAGAGGAGACCCUAUUCUAGGGGAGUAGCUGGCGAACACCCCGGGCUCCCGCGUCCGCCCAGUGCCGCGCCUCUGUCCUAAUGUCGCUGAAUAGGGAGGGCACCGAGGGCUGUGCAUUGUCGAAGAUCACAGCGUUCCGAUGCUUCCAGAUCCACCACGCAGUAAGCAUGAUGAGCGACGAGGUACCCUUGCGCAGCUGGCGAGGGGUAGUCCGCACCACCAGCGACCACCACUCCGCGAAGUAGCCCUCAGUAGGAGGUCCCGAGGUGGAGCAAGGUUAAAGAGGAUUGUUGAAUUUGAGAAGGGUCUUAAGGUUGGUUGGUUAAUGGUUAUGCUACAUAUGCAGUUUAUGUAUCAACAGUAUCGUUGAUAACAUUCUUCAUUUUCAUAGGAACUUGCUAUUCGAGAUGAGCAAACUGCUCUUAAUCGUGUUAUCUCAGGGCAUUUUACUGUUAUGCUGUUAGGUUACCUACAACCCGAUUAGUGGCAGGUAGUUAGAAUUGAAUCUUAGAACUUCUGACAAUCUGAAAAAAAAAUUAUGACAAGACUAUCAGAUGAAUAAUCGAUGAUGCUACACAUUACCAAUGGUGAUAAGUGAUAACAUGUGGCCAGGAUCAACUGUCCGAUCUUAUCCAUAGGUAGCAUGCUACUUCGUCAAUUCUCAAAAAACAUUUUUUCUUUAUUUAUAUGGCUACGUGCUUUUAAUAUGACGUGGUAGAAAUUCGGACAUGUUUUUGCUGUCAUUUCCUGAGAAGAAAUAAACAUUGUUCGAGCAUGUAAUGGAUAGUAGUAACUUGAGAAAUAUCAAAGCGUGCAUGUACAAAACUGUAUGUUUUAUUAAUACUGAUUCCAUAUAUUUAGUUGUCACUUCUUAUUAUCUUGCAUAAAUUGUAAGUUAUGUUUUGCAGGUUCAAAUAAGUAUCUUUCCAAUAAUAUUGACCAUCCGUAUUUAGCAUUUCAAGAUGAAAGAUCAACUCAGUGUAUAUGAAUUAUUGUUCAUCGUCAUUUUUAAUUAGUAAAAGCUUAUUCGAAAAUGAUAACCUUAAGAGACAUUCAUAUUUUCUUGAUUGGCAUUUGUUAGAUGGAUAUCUUAGUGUAUGAUCUAUACCCCCAGUUUGUUUUCUAUACUGAUCCGAAAUCUGCUACCAAGCAUAAUAUUCGAACAUAUGUAGCUAGAAAAAAAAUUAUACAGUUUAAAAUAGUAACAUGAUGUUGUACAAUUGUGUUACGUACUCUCACUGCAAAAUCUUUGCAUGAGAUUGUGAGAUUUUUAUCUGUUGUUGUGAAACUUAAAUAUGUUAUUUUUUGUAUAAACUUUGGUCUUCAAAUUUAUAUUGGGAAAUACAGGUCAAGUUAAAAAGGAACAAACAAUGUGGCUCUUCGCAAGAAUAUUUGUGUUGUGGCAAGGAAAUAGUUUCCUUAAUUCUGCAACAAACAACAGGCGGAGCCGGGCCAAACUGAGAGUGUACUCAGGAGCACAACAUAUCCAUCUGAAGUAGAGAGCGCACCGGAUACACAGACUGAUCAUGUCGUCAGAUAGGAAAGAAUAUAUGUAGGCUAAGCUGCUGGUAUAAUAUGGGGACUAAUUGGUGCAGCGGAGUUGAUUUCGUACAAGUGACAUUGUCUUAUAUGUUCGCACCUGCCGGCACCAUUGUCAAUCCAAUUGAUGUCCCUCUCUUGUCUUUCUCUGAGGUUGCCAAAAGGCUUGAUGCAUUCCAAGCUUCCGGUGCGAGAAAUCAAACGUAUAUGGCCAUGUACUCUAGUAUUUUUGGUGGAAUUACCACAGAUCCCUCUGCAAUGGUGAUACCAAUUGAUGAUCACAUGGUUCAUAGAGGACAUGGUGUUUUUGAUACUGCUGCUAUUAUGGAUGGUCACCUCUAUGAGUUAGAACAGCACCUUGACCGCUUCCUCAAGUCUGCACAUAUGGCCAAAAUCCCAUUGCCUUUUGAUCGAUCAACAAUUCUAAGUGUACUUAUUCAAACUGUGUGUGCAUCAAAAUGUACUCAAGGUUCGCUUAGGUACUGGUUGUCUGUCGGGCCCGGAGAUUUCCAAUUGUCUUCAUCUGGCUGUACAAAAUCAGCCCUCUAUGCUAUUGUCAUUGAUAGUCCAUCCUUGCCAGUACCAUCAGGCUGCAAAGUGAUCACAUCAUCCAUACCGGUAAAGUCUCCACAGUUUGCAGUCAUGAAAAGUGUAAAUUACCUGCCAAAUGCGCUCACCAAGGUGGAAGGUGAGGAAAAUGGUGGAUUUACUGGCAUCUGGUUGGAUGAUGAGGGUUUCGUUGCUGAGGGUUCGAACAUGAAUGUUGGCUUUGUGACACGGAACAAGGAACUUCUCAUGCCCCGCUUCGACAAGAUCCUGAGCGGGUGCACGGCAAAACGGGUUCUAGCCCUCGCUGAGCAGCUAGUGGAGAAUGGAGGGCUCAGUGGGAUAUCUUCAAGGAAUGUGAGUGUCCAGGAAGGGAAGGCGGCCGAUGAAAUGAUGCUCAUUGGGAGUGGAAUUCUUGUCAAGCCUGUUGUUCAGUGGGAUGAUCAGAUGAUUGGCUCAGGCAAAGAAGGCCCAAUUGCUCAGACACUUUUCAACCUCAUUCUUGAGGACAUGAGAUCUGGUCCGCCUUCAGUUCGAAUCCGCGUCCCUUACUGAAACCUCCUGAACUUUACAGAUCCAUAUACGGUACAUGGAAUCAAAGACAUAAAUCAUUGGAGAUGUAUAAAUCUCGACUGUCAAAUAAAAGCUACAUUGAUAUACUGGCGGUGGUAUUCCUUUUGGUCUUUGCAGAAAUCAGAAGCAACUUUGGAGCCAUUCUUGUGUGUCAACCUUAUGCCUUCUUCGCUACAUUAAACCUGGACGUUGACUUGUUAGUUUGACGCACAGAUACCGCUCGUGGAAGUGUAGGAGACGAGGCUUUUGGCAAACAUCGUCUUUUUUAGAGGUCUGCUAAUAUAUGAAUAAAGCUACAUUUUGCUCUUA